CUCUCUCUCUCUCUCUCUCUCUCUCCCUUCCCCUCCCCUCCCCUCCCCUCCCCUCCCAUUCUCUCUACCUCUCCUCUCUCUUUCCAGAUCCUUGGGAACUGGUUCAACCAGAGCACAACCAGCUAGCUCACCCGCAUCUGGCCCGAAGGACGCGCAGGAGCAGAGGAGGAGACGGGAGGCGGCCGGGCAGGCAGGGGCGGCGGCGGCGCACAGCCGGCCGCGCGGGGCAGCCCGUGCCGGCGCGCCUCCGGGCUUGCUCAUGAGGCCUCUACCGAGCCGGAGGAGGGAGCGCCGCGGCAUCUCCCUGGGGCUGCUCGCCCUCCGCCUGGCCGCAGCCUGCUGUCUGCAGAGUCAGGGCGUGUCACUGUACAUUCCCCAGUCUGCCAUCAAUGCCACGGUGGAGGAAGACAUCCUGCUCUCCGUGGAGUACUCCUGCCAUGGCAUCCCCACCAUCGAAUGGAAGUAUACAUCCACCUGGGGGGUGCAGAGGAUCGUGGAGUGGAAGCCAGGGACUCAGGCCAACAUCUCCCAGAGCCACAAGGAUAGAGUCUGCACCUUUGACAAUGGUUCCAUCCAGCUAUUCAGUGUGGGCGUGAGGGAUUCCGGCUACUAUGUCAUCACGGUGACCGAGCGCCUGGGGAGCAGCCAGUUUGGCACCAUCGUGCUGCAUGUGUCAGAGAUCCUCUAUGAAGACCUCCACUUUGUCGCUGUCUUCCUUGCUUUUCUUGCUGCUGUGGCCGCAGUGUUAAUUAGCCUCAUGUGGGUUUGCAAUAAGUGUGCAUAUAAAUUCCAGAGGAAGAGAAGACACAAGCUCAAAGAGAGCACAACUGAGGAGAUUGAGCUACAGGAUGUUGAGUGUUAGCCAAGGCUGAGCCCGAUGACAUUCCUACCUCAAGAGGAAAACUAUUUUCCAGUGGAAGGCGCAAACAUACCAACCCAUGCUAAGAGCCUCCUGUUGUCCUGCCACAGCCGCCCGUUCCUGAUGGGCCUGCCGGCCGUGGACAGAGUGGACUGCAUGGAGUUGAGGACUCUGGAUUGGACCAAGUCAGUUCUUGCACGUGCAUGAAAAUCAAGAAGAGUGCUUUGCGUGGCUGCAGCCCAGAGCUGUGCUAACCCGCGGGCAAUGGCAUAGGGCCAGCACUGGCUGCUUGCUCACUGUGCUCUGCUCGGCCCAGAAUAUAGCCAUUGGAGGCGUCCCCAUGCUGGAGGCCAGAGUACUCGCGGUCAGGUGUGCAGCCAGCAGGCUGUCUGUGCUCCUGCCUGCUCUGCCCUCCAACCCUCUGCUGUGGGGCUGUUGUGAGAAAACGUGAGGCGUUUAGACCAUCUGCUGCCCAAGACAGAGGUUGGACGAGACCAAGGGGUGCUGCUGUGCUUUAGGGAGUUGCUCAGAGAAGGGCGAGCACCCCCAUGGCCUGGAACUUCAGGGAAGAGAGCUUAAUUUGUUCUUGAGGGACCCGCAUUGGGAACAAGGAAACAGAAAAUUAUCUUUCUUUUCCUGUCUUGGUCCAACGUUAAUGAAUUUUCCCUCCUGUGGCCCCAGCGUCAGCCAGUGUGAGGAGCACAGUUUUCACCGUGGGCAGCAUCUGGCCUGCAGGGAACUCCUGCCCGGCUGUGUGAAAGCUGGGCCUGCGUAACGGGUGGCACAACAGGAAGUCAGCAUGAGGAUUCUUCAGUGAUCUGAAAACAACCAGCACUCUACUGAGUACUGGAAAUUGAUGAAAUGCUCUGGGGUGUCGGGCUCCCUGUGAAAUUGGGGGCUGGAUCUCAGCUGGCUUUGGCUUUAUUCUCUUAAGUGUUGGUGAGCAUGUUUACCUGAAAGUUUCUCCGUCCCCGCGUCCAUUUGGCAAGCUCUAAAUCAUGACUGCAUUUAUUUGCCAUUAUCUUUUCUCUCUCCAGUAUUCUUAGCUACAGACCAAAGGUGCCAUCUCCAUUAUUGGUGGAGGCUGAAGCUAUUAGCUGAGUCCCCAGUCUUUAGCUGCAAAUUCGCCCAUGCAAAGCAGAGUAAGAAUAUUCCCUUCUGCCUGGCUGGUGCGGCCGUUGGUUGAGCAUUGUCCCAUGCACCAAGGGAUCACUAGUUCAAUUUCCAGUUGGGGCACAUGUCCAGGUUGCAGGCUUGAUCCCCAUCAGGGGGCAUGCAGGAGGCAGCCAAUCAAUGUUGGUGCUCUCUCAUCGAUGUUUCUAUUUCUCUCUCUCUCCCUCUCCCUUCCUCUUAAGCUAAAAAAAGAGAGAGAGAGAAAAGAAUAUUCCCUUCUCUCACCCCCACUUCAUGUCCUUAAUAUCCACAUCUUUUCUACUUCCCAUGUGGCAGAAUAAGGAGUUGUCGGCAGAAGUUAGUAUGUCAUCUUUCCUUGAGUAACGAAUCCAGGCUUGCAGGAAGAAAUCUUUAGCAAUAUUCAGACAGGAGCUACCAAGGAUCUAGAGAAGGACUCUGAAGGCACUACCUGAAUCAAAAGGCAAGGGAGUAAUUGGUCUGCACAAUUGAUUUGUAGCACUAGCUCUUGACAGAAGUUCCCACCUCAGGCCACCUCCUGCACACACACGUGUGAACGUGCACCCCUGUGCCCUCUCCCUGGGCAGCACAGGAGCCAGGCCUGUGCCAGGACAGGUUCCUUGUACCAGUCUCCAGUGCUCUGGAAAGGCACGGGGAGAACGGGGGUCUAGGACCUGCUUAUGUCUUUCUCCUUUCACACACUGCGCCCAUCCGUGGGAAACCGGUUUGGAUCCAGUAGCUACUGGAGUCUGAGUCCUCUUUUACCACCUGCUUUUCAGAACGCUGCCUCUCAGCUUGUCAGACGUCCGGGGUGGAAAUCUUCAUAAUAAAAGGAGAAAUGGGAUAAUGCCCAGUGAGAGGCCUCAGGGGCAAACCCAGAUGUCCAUUACAUUGCCCCCCAAAUAUGUCAUGAAAGGUUUUGCCUCUUCUUUCCAUUUCUUUAUUUUGCACUUUUAAAGCUCCCUCCAUCCUGAACAUUCCUGUGGAAAGUUUUUGAUUCUAGAGCCUGAGGUUUUUGUCUAUUUUUCGAGACAGGAAAAUAUUAACAUCAGAGAAGUUAGCCACUGUAAAUGUUAAGCUAAAAGUUAUUAUGUUUCAAACUGUGAAGGUGUUUCAAAGAAUGAAAUAAAACCUGAAAAUAAAGUUCUCCUUUGUG